AUGUCUACUCUCCUCGACCAAGUGCGCACCCUUCUCAAAGUCGAUGUCGAUUCCAUGGAUCCGGCCGUGGCGAGUCGGCAUACUAGCGAUAGCGCCAAAUUCGUAGACAUGACCUCGAAUCAGGCGAUUGUGGCUGGGACUGUGACUCCAGAGCUGCUCGCUGAGGCAGUGAAAGUAAGCGGCGGCGGGAGCGUGGAACGAGUGUUGGACGUUUUGACCGUCCUUCUGGCAAGACGAGUCCUUCCGCAUCUCACCGGGAACGUGCACGCUCAAACAAGUCCUAGCGUGGGUUAUAGUGUGGAGGGAACAGUAAACGAAGCUCGAAGAAUUGUUACAACGUUCGAAGAGCUGAGUGUUCCGCGGGCGAGAGUUUGCAUAAAAAUACCAAUUACACCUGAGGGUGCACAGGCGUGCAAAAUCCUCCAAGAUGAGGGUAUCCAAACACUUGGAACGUGUGUAUUUGGGGUGGAGCAAGCGAUCGCAGCAAGAUUGGCAGGCUGCGUGUACCUCGCGCCAUACUUCAAUGAACUGUGUGUGCAUUUCGAAGAGGGAGUAUGGAAAGCAUACAAAGUGGGCGUGAAGGGAGAGGAACAUCCAAUGAUGGAUGUGGUAAGGACGAUCGUGACAGCUUAUAAGACCAAAGGAACCAAGACGAAGGUCAUGCCAGCGAGGCGCGUAUCAUUUGGUAUUGUCACCGCUCAAGAAGUGAUCGCACUCGUAGCUCUGCAGCCAGACCACCUGACAUUGUCGGGUGCCGUGCUCGAUGAAUUGGCUAGCCUUCCUCCAGUACCCAUCAACCAAUUCGAUGAUAUUUUGAAACAUGAAUUGACAGUUGAGGAGUUAAAGAGUGCGUAUAUCGUUGUCCCUUGGGAGUGUCCUAACCGCAUAUACAGUUGUCGAACAAGAUUACCUAGCAGACGGCGGUAA